AUGGAUUGGUCUGAGCUUGUCUUGGUUUUCCCACACAAUUUCGUUCUAGUGGAUGUCCUCCAACAACACACAUCCUAUCCACUUACUACUGCAAUUGUCCACUUCAGUACCGACCCUAAUAUCUAUACAAACAUUGCUCUACAUCCUCCCUUAUCCAACAGCCAAGCCCCAAACUCUAAACUAUCCUCCGUCCUCAACAACCUGGACUUGACCGAAAGAAAAUACAAUGACAUCGCUGCUCGGAUUCCUAUAUCGCCUCAGACAAAACGGUUGAUGACGAAGCAAUGUAUUACCAAUAAUUCCGAGCUGGUGCCCGACUUGAAGGCACAUUUUGUCGGCCUAGACAUCAACGACCCUCCCGAACCUACAAACCAAAGCCUCGAGCGGAAAGUUCUCGCAGACCAACAAGCUCUCGAUGUCGCCACAAAGAAAUAUCGUGAAGCGGCUGAGGCGUUUCACUUUUGGGAUACAGAGAUUUGGAAGAGAGAGAGGUCGGCUGAGGUCGAGAAGAAGUGA